AAACAAACACACCUAUUCAACAUCUGUUACACAUGUUUUCUACUGAACAUCCUGCAAGGCCAAUAAUAAUUGACGAUUGCCGUAUUUUUAAAUCAGCGCUGAAUACUUUUUGUUUUCUCUUCACUUUCUUUAAGUUACAACGCCUAAAAUGUACUUGACAUUACAAUCAAAAAUGUAAUUGUGCCCAUGUUAAGUCUUUUGACCUGCUGGCAUAACCUUCGCUCCCCCAAUUUGCAUGGAGAAAGGAAAAGGUCACAAAAGGUCAAAUCUAGAGCAACACUUGUAAAGAACAACUUUACUGUGAGACCAACAAGUUAUGGCUUGUGACCCUCAUCAGGGUCAGUAGCUCGUUUCUACCGAAACCUUUAUACAGUUGUAUUAGGUCUAAUAAGCAAUUUGAUAAAUCGUGAAUACCCUCCGCUUCUAAAAAGGUUUUUCCCUAAUACCCUCUAAACUAAUUUGUUGAGUGUUGUGAGGGCAUUUAGUGAACCAGAUAUCAUUUGUAAUGCUUUAGGCCUACACACAAACACACAAUGCUUUCUGAUACCCCAUAUCAGCAGUCAUAAAACAUGUGAAUUAGGAUGAAUUACAAGUGUCAUAUUGAUGCUCCGGACUAGUUAUAAACUACAGGUUCACUUAGGGGGCUUAGAAUACAUGCUGACUACCUAAACACACAUCAACCAUCAAGACUAAUAAGCACUCAAAGGUAUGAUAAUUCAUGCAGUGUCAUCAUUUUAUAUGUUUACGUAAAGUGUAAUGCAUUUAAAAUAAUCAAUGCUGUAUCAUAAGUGAUAAUAAGCAAGAACACUAAAAUGCAGGGAAUCUUAUAGCACCAAUCGCGGCUGAAGUGCAUCUGAAGGUCAACUUGCUCUGUUUAAAAUCAUGAUAAUAGUAAUUUAAAAAAUAAAACUCUUGUCAAGUGAGAGAGUGAGUAAAAGAGUGAGUGAGUGAGUGAGUGAGUGAGAGAGAGAGAGUGAGGAGCUGUAAUGUGUCAGCUAUUAAAGUUAUGUCAUUCAGUUUUUGACGAUUAGUAACAACACAGAAACUUACUUAUUUUCAUCCUGUAGUGUAAAUUAAACUUGACAAAAUGUAUUUUGUUUUUUACUUGUCUAAUAUAUCAAACAUGUUAUACCUCAAGGUUCAAUUCCCAAAGCAUGUUCAUUUUUUGUGUGAUUCUCUGCAUUUUGGUGUCUUAAAUUAUAAAGAUGCAUGCAGCCAGUGGUGGAAUGUAACUAAUUACAUUUACUCAAGUAUACUUAAGUUUAAGUUACUUGUACUUUACUUGAGUAUUUUCAUUUUAUGCUACUUUAUACUUUUAGUCCAGUACAUGUUCUAAGCAAAUAUUGUACUUUUUACUCCACUACAUUUAGUUUACAGAUUUAGUUACUAGUUACUUUGCUGAAUGAGAUGUAUACAUUAUCAUAUACGAUUAUAGCUAGAGCUACCCAGUAUAUACAGUAUUUCAAAUAAACCCCACCUGUACCGUAGUGAACACAUUAAUGCAUCAAUAAAUAUAAUACAACAAUUUAAAUAUAAAUAGUGCUUAAAUAAGUCAUUCUGCAUAAUGAACACUUUUACUUUUGGUAUCUAAAGUUUAUUUUGAUGCAAAUACUUUUGUACUUUUAAACACAAUUUUAAAUGCAGGACUUUAACUAAUAAGUGUUUGUUUUUUUGCAGUGUACUAUAGCUACGUUUACUUUAGUACAUAAUCUGAUACUUCUUCCACCUCUGCAUGCAGUAUGGAUUCUUCUAAAUGAUCUUUAUAGACACAUUAAGGUAGGCCUACAUGUGGGGCACACAGAUAUUGUAUUACAAAAAAGCAACUGUCAUUAGCUAUAAUUGUAAACACAUUUGAUGAAAAACAAAAAGCAACACAUUUAUUGAGUUAUCCAAGUAGAGAAUAAACAACAACUUGAAGUAGUUGUUUCUUUUUUAGAAGCACAUCUCUCACCCAGGGAAUACAACUUUCAGAACUCAAAGUGAAUACUUCAUAACUUUUGCAGCUUCUUGAACUGUAAUUAUUUUUCCACUGUAACUUCUCCUACAUUUAACGCAAGGUAAAAUGUUUGUCUUUUAAAAAGUUACAAAGGCUCACACAAGACUAUUUUCGUCGCUGCUCUCCACAAAAACAAACUCGCUGAUGAGGUCAUGGUUUUCACGAUAGUUUAUUGGAGGAGGGACACUUUAUAACAAGGACGUAAAGGUAGGGGCGUAACAAAACGUUUUUUAAGAACGUCGUUUCGUUUUUUCGUUCAACGAGAGGGCGGUUUAUUUAGGUCUCAGAGUAUUUCAAAUUAAUAACUACGGAAUCUGAAAUAUGGUGGAUCAAAUCCCACAGUUAUUUGGGACGAGGUACGUGUGUGUAUUUCUCUUUCUUUCUGCCAUGAUUGACACGGUGUCUACCGUCACACAUUAUUCUGUUCCCGAAGAAAUGGAAGAAGGCUCUGUCGUUGCUAAUUUAGCAACUGAUCUGGGAUUACAUGUGAAGACGCUAAAGGGAAGGAAAAUGCGCGUAGACGUAGUAGGAAAUAAAAAGUAUAUCGAUAUCAACAAAGACACAGGAGAGCUGUUCAUCGUGGAAAGGAUCGACAGAGAGCUUUUAUGCCCGUUAAAAACAACAACAUACUGUGUUCUUAAAUUGGAUGCUACGAUUGAAAACCCGAUACGAAUGUUUAACAUUGAGGUGGAAAUCACGGACAUUAACGACAACGCUCCUCAUUUCCGACGGGGAACGAUGCAUUUGGACAUAUCUGAAUCAAGCCCUGUUGGAGAGAGAUUCUCAUUGAACAAUGCUGCAGACCCGGAUGUUGGAACAAAUUCUGUGAACAAUUACCAUCUCAGCUCAAGUGAACAUUUUGCACUAGAAAUUCAGACCGGGAGAGACGGGUCAAAGUUUGCGGAUUUGAUUUUGAAAAAAGCAUUAGAUAGGGAGCAGCAGGCUGUGCAUAAUCUUAUUCUCACUGCUGUGGACGGUGGAGUGCCCACGCGCACAGGUACAGCCAGCAUCAUUGUUCGUGUGCUUGAUGUGAACGACAACGCCCCGUCAUUUGAUAAAGACAAAUACAUCAUAGAUGUGAUGGAAAACUCCCCCAUUGGCAGUCUAGUAAUACAAUUAAACGCUACUGAUUUAGACGAAGGGUCAAAUUCUGAUAUUAUUUAUUCAUAUAGUUUAUAUACAUCAGAGAGAACACAACAGGUGUUUAACUUAAAUCCAGAAAAUGGUGAAAUCAGAGUGAAAGAGAUGAUAAAUUACGAAGAUUUUAAACUUUAUGAAAUGGAAGUUAUUGUCAGUGAUAAGGGGCCUAACUCCUUAACUGGACAGUGUAAACUGACAAUACAGGUGGCAGACAUGAAUGACAAUCAUCCAGAAAUAUCCAUCAAGUCUUUUCAAAGUCCAAUUAAAGAAAACAUAGAAUUAGACACAGUGAUAGCAGUGGUGAGUGUCAGUGAUAAAGACUCAGGGGACAAUGGAGUGGUUGAUCUUCACAUUCCUGAUAACAUGCCUUUCAAACUGAGGGAGUCCUCUGAUAACUAUUAUGAAUUAGUGGUGUCAGAGCCGUUAGACCGUGAGAGGGUCCCUGAAUAUGACAUCACUUUCACUGUGACAGACAGAGGCUCUCCUCCUUUGUCUGACAAUGAGACCAUGACGUUAGAGCUGCUGGAUGUUAAUGACAAUGUGCCACAGUUCCCUAAGUCAUUCUAUACUAUACGUGUGGAGGAGAAUAACGCUCCUGGAGCCCUGCUCAGUUCCCCAACUGCGUUUGACCCUGACCUCCAUGAAAACCAGUAUCUAGUUUAUUUCAUCCUAGAGAGGGAGAUAGCCAACACCUCCAUGUCCAUGCUGUUCUCCAUCAACCCAGAGAACGGGAAUCUUUACGCACUAAAAACUUUUGACUUUGAGAUUGAGAAGGAGUUUCUCUUCCACAUCGAGGCCAGAGACUCUGGCUCUCCUCCUCUCAGCAGUAAUGUGACGGUGCACAUCAUCAUUGUGGACCAGAACGACAACGCUCCGGUUAUUGUCUCUCCAUGGCGCGCACACGGCUCGGUGGUGGAGGAAAAGAUCCCCAGAUCCACCGAUAAAGGCUCUCUGGUUUCUAAAGUGAUAGCCUUGGACACAGACUCGGUGCACAACUCCCGGAUCACCUACCAGUUCCUGCAGGUGACUGACGCCACCUUGUUCAGUCUGGACCAAUACAACGGAGAGAUCCGGACCAUGAGGAUGUUCAGCUACAGAGACCCGCGCCACCAGAGACUGGUUGUUGUUGCCAAGGACAACGGGCAGCCUGCCCUCUCUGCUACAGUCACCAUCAAGCUGUCCACAGUGGAGACUGCCGUGAAGGCCUACUCUGACAUGACCGAGGUGCCUCUGGAAUAUGACAUCUUCUCAGACCUCAACCUGUACCUGGUCAUCGGUCUGGGCUCCGUGUCAUUUCUCCUGCUGAUCACCAUACUGGUCACCAUCGUGAUCAAGUGUCAGAAACCCAAGCCCAGCAAAGCGGCUCCUCCCUGCAGGAACAGUGUGAUCAGUGAGGGGAACUCCACCAUCGCAGACUCCACUCUGGUCUCCAACGACGCCUACUGGUAUAGUAUGUUUCUAGCAGAGACCAGAAAAGGAAAGAUGGUGGUCAGACAGCCUGUGCCAAAGGGCUCCAGAUACAUCGUGUCUAGUUUACCACGAGGCACUGGACUCACAGACACUAGUGGAUCAGCAGCCUCCACUCUGCAGUACCCUAAAUGAAGAAAGUCCACUCAGCAGCUGGAGGCAUCCACCAGCAGCACAUAAGGCCACACCCUCAGCUGCGUAUUGGAGUAACGCUGACAGGAAAGGAGAAACCCCCAGUCUGUUAUGACCCCCCACAUCCAUCCUGCCCACUCUUAUCCUUGUUCCUCACAAUAUGUAGCCGUCAUGCCAUAACACCAAAUGGACUAUGGUGGCUAAAAGGAAACAGCCCUCCCCCUCUCUUUUUUCAAGCACAUGAAAAGCCUAUCAACAUUGCCUCUCUGUCCAUUCAAUACGCAUGAUUAGACUGCAUGGCUUCAACCACACUCUGAGACCCCUCAUACAAACAAUUUUCAUUUGGAAACACUUGCAAAGAAGUAGACUGUAUGAAAGAUUACAACAGUGGACAUCUAAAGAAGCCUCAACAAGGACUGCGUGGACAUGGGAAUGUUGAAAUGCCUUUAUUAAGAGACUGUUUCCCCUCUCUAAAAUGAAACACAUGUUGGAUAUUACAAUAUUAACCUCUGUGCUUUGUCUUGAUUCUUAACAGUAUUGAUGUAUAAUAUACAAGUUAACUAAAAAGUGAAACAGCACAACCAACUAUACAAAAAAAGCACCAAUAUUUAAAAGUAUGAAAAGAAAGUGGAUCAGUAUUUUAUAGAUGUGGUAGCUUUCAACAGUUUUAUGUUUUGUACAUUACUUUGUGCUGUAUAUGAGAGCUAAGCCUGAAUAUAUGAAUGAUAUUGCUGAGAGAAAGUUAACCUGUACAUUAAACAGAUGAACAUGAGUCCUUUAGCCAUCAUGUAUCUGCCUUUCAGUUUUUUUUGCAUGGGAUGAUCAAAAUAUGGAUUAUAAGAAAUUGAGCAAUCACUUUCUUUAGUUAGGCCGAACAGUUUAGUAUUUUUUUCAAAACAAUAUGGAAGAUUACAUUUCAUCAAGAAGAUAAUGAAGAAGUAAAACAGCAUAAUAAUUGGAUGUAUUCCGAUAAUUAAGUGUACUCAGCUUAAACUUAAGUAUACAUGGUGCUUGAAUGUUAUGUUCACUUGGACGCAAGCGAAACAUAAGAGCCUAGAUGACUGUGAAGACCGUGAGUCUUCAAGAAUGGUUUUAAUAUCUUCUCAUAACUACUGUAAAUACAACACAAACAUGGCCAUGAUUUCAUUUUUUUAUUUUAAAAGCCAAACUGUGUGGAUGUUCCUGUAUUUCAACCUUUUGAGAUUGUGUAUCAAGUAAAACAACUCACUAAAUGACUCAAUGUUUACUUUACAAUGCUGAAAUACUGAAUGUGAAGCUGUGCUGAUGUGUAUUACUAUGACUAUACUUUCUCUAUUUAGAUAUGUCAUAAGCCUGUAUCUAUAAAAAUGUAAUUAUUUUCAAUUACCAAUGCUGAACUUUUGUAAAGAUAAACAGUGGAAUUCCUGUGCCAUCAGAUGUAACUGUAUGCAAAUCAUUCACCUGAUCAGUUAUUACGUAGUCCCAUUGUUUAGCACAGCUCACAUUGCAUUGUAUAAAGUUGUUUUGUUGAACAGGCAAACAUAUACAAUAAGUGCUUUUGUACAGUGGACUGUUAUGGUGCAUUAUGUCGUCAUGUGUGUAAUGUGAGCUUAUUGUAUGCUAUGGUCUGUAUGAUCUAUUAAAUAUAAAAACGAAAUACUAAAACAAUCAUAAUAGUAAACUUC